GCUGGGCCACCGCCGCUGCCGCGCGGGGCAAGCACGUGCUCCUCGAGAAGCCCACCGCGCUCUGCGCCGCCGACCUCGACGCCAUCCUCGCCGCCUGCGACGCCGCGGGGGUCCAGUUCAUGGACUCCACCAUGUGGAUGCACCACCCACGCACCGCCAAGAUGCGGGAGCUCGUCGGCGACAAGGACGCCAUCGGCGACAUCAAAGUGAUAAACAGCGUGUUCGGCUUUCGGGCAAACGAAGAUUUCCUCCAGAAUGACAUCAGGGUAAAGCCAGACCUCGAUGCCCUGGGCGCGCUCGGUGACGUUGGGUGGUACUGCAUCCGUGCAAUCUUGUGGGCUGUCGACUAUGAGCUGCCCAGGACAGUGAUUGCACUGCGUGAUCCUGUCAAGAACCGAGCUGGCGUGCUUCUUGCCUGUGGUGCGACGUUGUACUGGGCGGAUGGCAAGACCGCCACAUUCAACUGCUCCUUCCUCACCAAUCUCACCAUGGACAUCACCUUGGUUGGCACGAAUGGCACUCUCCAUGUCACUGACUUUGUCAUCCCAUAUGAAGAGAAAUCUGCAGAGUUCUCUGUGGCUUCGAAGUCAAGCUUUGCCAAUCUCCACAUUGGAUGGGAUCCUCUGCCAAGCAAGCACGUCGUCGCGACGGACCUGCCGCAGGAGGCCCUCAUGGUCCAGGAACUCGCGAGGCUUGUGCAGAGCAUCCGGGACGCUGGUGGCAAGCCUGAGGGGAAGUGGCCGGCUAUCACCAGGAAAACGCAGGUGGUGUUGGAUGCAGUGAAAGCUUCCAUCGACAAGGGGUCUGAGCCAGUCGAGAUUGCCAGCUAAAUGCCACAAACGACUGCUCGUCCGGGUGAAAACUCUGAACGCAAUGGCUUUGGCUUGUACUUGAUAUAUAUUUACUCUAAUUAUACUUAUCUAUCCUACACGAAAUCAUUACUUGUAAUAAUAAUCUGUCAAACUCAGGGGAAAGUUGCAACGUAUCAAGUCACACGUUAUUUCGGAUA